AUGAGACGGUUCGAGAGCGACGAGGAAUGGUUUACCGACGAGGAACACCCUAGCGAUGAGGAAUGGCCUAGCGACAAGGACGAGGAAUUGUCUACCGACGAGGAAUGGCCAAGCGACGAGGAACGGCCUAGCAAUCCUCCACUGAUUUUUGAGCCUAACGAAGUAUCACAUUUUGAACUUUCAAUUCACGAAAUCUGUCACUACCGCGUUGGCCCUGCUCUGUGGACCUACCACGGGGAUUCGGGUAAACCAGAUCUCAUGAUCAACGACUUAAAGUCACUGAGAUCACCGACGGACAUUUUGGGCGUUACAUUUGACAAUAACUGCAUAACUCAGAUAAAGCUAUUUGCAAUGGAAUUUGGUGAUGGCCGUUAUCGUCACCUUCUGAUCGAUGAGGCUGAGCUACUUCACUUGCGUAGCAGGAUGGAGCUGGGUGCCAUUGGAUGUUCUCCCAAUGGGUGGAUUCUCGUCGUGAGACUUCCUGAUGACGAAACGAUCGGGAUGUUCCACUCCAGCUCAGCCAAUACUGGAUUUAAUCUGGUUAGCCAGGUGCCAAUUCCCCAAACUGGCCCAGUACCUUACCUUGUCUUUUUCCCACCACCUGCAUUUUCUGCCGAUGGGUCGAAGUUCGCUGUUGCUGCAAAGGAUGGCACGGUGUCUGUUUGGGAUGUUCGAAAUAAAACCCCCUUCGUGGUAAAAGAGCCUGAUCGCGAGAAGGAUGAUAUGCCUUCUCUGCAAUUUAGUAGUGGAACUCUUGGAAGAGAAGUUUUGGCACUUGUAGGGGGCAGAGGUGAUAGGACUACCCUUAUUCAUCUCAUUGACCCAAGAUCAUUUGAGAUCGAGGAGACACUCGACUUAGCUCAAAGUAACCCAUUACUAGGAACGCUAGGCCCACUUUUCUUCGAUCCGAACGGUGAAACGAUGAAAGAGAGGGUCCAGAGUGGUGGCUUGGUGAGGGGUACGACGCCUGAAUUGGAAGUUACCACUGUGCAACAACACGGACGUGUGGCAACUUGCCAAGUCUGUGUUACUCCUUAA